AUGACUUCCUUCACAGUAUACAAAGGCUCCAAAACCGGAGUCACUAAGAGCUCUACCACCAAGCCAGAAAACCUCACUGGCGAUAAGGUGUUAAUGAGGAUAACGGCGUCUGGAUUAUGCGGUACUGAUCUUCACUCGUUACACGAUGACGUUAUCCUCGGCCACGAAGGCGUCGGUAUUGUUGAGGCCGUAGGCCCAAACAGCAAGCACCUGAAGAAGGGCGACCGCGUGGGCUUUGGUUAUCAGCACGACAGCUGCGGCAAUUGCCGGAACUGUCUGACGGGGAACGAGACUUACUGCGUGGACCGGGCUGUGUAUGGUACUGAUAAGGUCGACCAAGGAAGCUUUGCUUCUCACGCUAUCGUCCGCGAGGCGUUUCUGCAUAAGAUCCCGGAGGGCAUGAGCGAUAUCGAUGCUGCUCCCCUGCAGUGCGCCGGCGCUACGGUGUUUGCUGUUCUGCAGGCUUAUAAUACGCGGCCUACUGAGACUGUUGGUGUCAUCGGACUAGGCGGCCUCGGCCACUUAGCGAUUCAGUUUGCGGCUAAGAUGGGAAACCGCGUCAUCGUUCUAUCUGGCUCGGACAGGAAAAAGGACCAAGCCAUGAAGCUCGGAGCCCACGAGUUCGUCUCGAUCAAAGGCAAGGACAAGCUCGAAGUAUCGACGCCGAUCGACCGGCUGCUAGUCACAACGUCCGCGCAACCGAACUGGGAACUCAUCCUGCCGAUCAUGGCUCCAGGCUCCGCCAUAUACCCCCUUUCCGUCGACUCCGGCAACCUCGAGAUCCCAUACAUGCCGCUGGUAUUUAAGGGCAUCGGCGUGCAAGGGUCUCUCGUCGCGUCGAGGAACGCCCACCGCGAGAUGCUGGCGUUUGCGGCGCUGCAUAAUAUUAGGCCGAUUACUGAGACGUUUCCUAUGACGGAGGAGGGUAUCAAGGCGGCGAUAGAUAAGCUGGAGCGCGGCGAUGUCCAUCUUAGAGCAGUGUUGACUGUGGCGUAG